GUAAAUCAUGUAGGCAUAUAGAACCGGGAGGAGAACUGAUUGGUUAUUUUUGGAAACAGGCACAGAAGUUACUUCCUCAAGGGUGGGUCUAACACAGCUCUUAUUACAACAUAAUUUAUCACAACUUCUUCUGGAUCUUCUCAAAGUGGUUUAAGGGGGAAUAACUGAACCAAUGAAGUAGGCCAUAAUGAGUUUCCAUAGCGAACUAUCUAAAGACCUGAAGGAUGAGCUGGAGUCACUGAGGUGGUACCACCAUGAGCUUUCCCGCCACGCUGCCGAGGCCCUGCUCCUGUCCAAUGGGAGUGACGGAAGUUAUCUCCUCCGAAACAGUAAUGAAGGCCCGAGCUGCUUCGCCUUGUCUGUCAGGGCUAAGGAUUCAGUGAAGCAUUUCCAUGUCAGGCGCGUGGACCAGGCCUAUGUGUUUGGUUUCAACCAGUUCCCAUCGCUCCAAGAAUUUGUCAACCAUUUCGCCAACCAACCGUUGGUAGGAAGUGACACGGGGACCCUCAUUGCGCUCAAAGCCCCGUACCCCUGGCGUGUGGAGGAGCCGUCCAUCUACGAGUCUGUGAGAGUUCACACCGCCAUCCAGACGGGUCGGACAGAGAGUGACCUCGUGGCAGACGCACCGUCGUUGGGCACCAAGGAAGGCUAUUUAGUGAAGCAAGGGGCAGUUGUUAAGAAUUGGAAACAAAGAUGGUUUACACUCCAAAGGCAUGAACUCAAAUACUUCAAAGACAAAAUGUUUGAGGAGCCUAUUCGUAUACUGGACCUCAGAGAUUGUUCUGCUGUUCAGUUUGAUUACUCUCAGGACAGAGUCAACUGUUUCUGCCUGGUGUUUCCAGAUAGGACAUUUUAUCUGUGUGCCAAGACAGGUGUGGAAGCAGACGAGUGGAUCAAGUUUCUGAGGUGGAAACUGGCCCAGAAUAGAAAAGGAAAAUGACAGCGUGUUGACAGGUGGGCCCAAGUGUGGUGGUUGAUUAUGGUUAUGUGUGUUUCCAUCCAUGUACAACAACCAACUUCAACACAUUAAUGCUACGACACCGACUCUGAAGUGGAAGAAAAUGAUAUCAUUAUUUAAACAUAAAAAAUGUAAGGGAUUAAUGUGGUAUGUGGGGAACUUUAAAUUAAUAAACAAUCAGCAAUAUGA